AUGAAUUUUCUAACAUCUGGAAUAGUUUUAUACUCAUUCUACCAAUGUAUCUGCAUGGAUCGUGAUGGAACUGAACCUGAAAGGGGGAAUCCAGGUAUUAGACUUUACGCUCAAGGUGAUCCUGUAUUUUUAACUACGCUUAGAGUCACCCCUAAUGAAUCUCAAAUUCUUCACAACAUUCUAAAAUCACAUGAAACUAGUAAAACCAAAGACCCUUCAAAAGGAACUGGUCAAUCUGGGAUAGAUCUUGACAAAAUUAGAAGAAAUGAGAAGGGGAUCCCUCUUUUUGUACUUACCCAUCAACUUACACCAGAAGAAGCUGAAAUAUUGAAAAGGCUUUUGGAAACUCAGGAUAAAAGUGGUGGUGGGCAUGAUCCAAGCCCAGCGCCAUCCGCACCUCCUGAAGAACGACCUCCUCCUUACGCUCCUGGUUAUGGUCCACCACAAGGACAAUCUGGUUUACCAGGGCUUUCACAUUUACAAGGUGGCUAUCAUGGAUAUGGGCCAUAUGGGCAACCAGGGGUUACUGGCGGUUAUGGAACUGCUUAUCCACAACCAGGUCCUUACCAAACACCAGGGGCGACUGGUCCACCAGCUGGUGGUUAUGUUCCACCAGUCCAAGGUUAUACAGGUGGUGCUGGUGGUUAUACUGGACAUUAUGUUCCUGGCGGCCACGGAACUGGCCAUCCACCACAAGGUCCUUAUGCUCCACCAGCUCAUGGAGGUUAUGGCCAACCAGCUCAUGGAGGUUAUGGCCAACCAGCUCAUGGUGGUUAUGAUCAACCAGUCCAAGGUUAUACAGGUGGUGCUGGUGGUUAUGGAGGUGGCUAUCAACCACAACAAGGUCCUUAUCAAACACCAGGGGCGACUGGACCACCAACUCCUGGAUAUGGUCAACAAGGAGCUACUGGAUAUACACCAUCAGAAGGUCAAGGCCCAACUGAUCCUGGAGAUGACCCCUCUGGACCAUCAGAUCCUUCUAGAUCGCCAAAGAAAGACAAAGCUAAAAAAAAAUUACUUACCUUACAAACUAAAGAUACAGAAAGUUCUGAUCAUAUUGAAGUUUUAGAAUAUAAAAUUCCUCAAACCGGUGGGAAGCACCGUAAACACAAAGCUAGGAACGGGUUUGGAUUUGAGGCGGUAAUGCACGGAAAUGUAGAAGUAUGGAAAAUGAGUGGUCCCUGUUAUGCAGUAGAAGUAACAGUAAUGGGUGUAGGAAAACCUAAAAAAAGGAUAGAUAUACAAUUAAGUGACGGUACUAGAAAAAGAUUUGGAAAGAGAGGUAAAAAUAAACCAUGGGAACCGGAAGUAGAGAAAAAAUGAUUAACUUGUAGUUUUAAUCUUAAAAUAUCGGACUAAAUGUAGUUGUGCAUAUUAUAUAUUAGUGUCGAUAACAUUAAAAUUCAUCUUAAAGAUUGG